AUGGGUGCGAUAGAGAGGCCGGACGUUGUGGUCGACCCCCAGUUGAGGGUUAAGGAGGCCAACAAUCUAAGGCCCAAAAGAUUCAUCGACGUAAAGCACCCGCCGUUUGCGUUCGUGCCGUUUGGGUGCGGCCCUCGACAGUGCGUUGGUAUGAGGUUUGCCUUAAAUGAGAUGCGUUUAUGUAUUGCUAAGACUGUACACAAGUUAUGCUUUUCUCUACGCGAGCAAAUUGAACGCCGGGCUAAAUAUGUUGAGAGCGCAAAAACUAAUGACAAUAUUGAACACGAUGGUCUAUUAAUACCAAAUAAACCUGGUCGUAUUGAAUGGCUCAAUACAGUUAAGGACACCACUGUUAGGCCGACAGAUAUAUGGAUCUGCGGUUACCCGAAGUCAGGCAACACUUGGCUCUCAGAGAUUGUAUCCGUAAUAAUGGCCGACGGAGUGGUCGAUAGAGUGAGCAAUCGGUUUAUUGAUGAGAGAGUGCCUAACAUUAUUUAUUCAAACGACAUUCGUAAUUAUAAAUGGUUUGAAGGGAUAACUGAUCCGAGAAUUACUUUCAAUCAUUUGCCACUCAAAUACUUACCACGUUUUGAGUGCAAAGAGGGAAAGGUGAGAGAGAGAGAAGAGAGAGAGAGAGAGAAGAGAGAAGAGAGAGAGAGAGAGAAAGAGAGAACUAAAUAA